CCAGUUCCUCUGGCCUGACGCAUUACUACCCUUGCCGCCACGCUAGUACGUCACUACCUUCUGCUAAGGCCACAUGCAAGCCCUCUGAGGACCUCCAAGUGGUGUACCUGUAGACUACUAAUUGCUGCAACGUGUUUAGAGCUCCGCUACCGGCAGCCAGUGGUCGCUGAGCCUCGCCAGCCACCCAGCCAGCCGACCAGCCAACUCCCAAGCCAGCCGCUAUCCACUGCCAGCGGCUCGCCUAGCCAGUCGCUCCACGUGUGUCAGGCGUAGAGGAAGCAACCGUCGCUCGUCGCCAGACAGACUAUGUGUAUUUAGAUCAAGUGAGAGUUUUGUUAAGACACUCUAGUGGGACAUAUUGAGUGGUGUGAUUCCCUUGGUCGUUGUAUCAAGCGCCGCACCCACCACCAGUCAAGCCUACACACCAUCAACUAAAGAAUCCUGGAGGGUCAUAGCUUUCCCAGACUGGCACUAUUCAUUUAUCGGUUUCUGAACAAUAUGGUCGUUUUCCCAGUUGUUCUCUAGCAGGAGGUGAAGAGGAGGCCGCCCGGCUUUGUCACAGCCCACAGACGGAGAGGAGAAGCGCCCCAACAGACACCAGCCCCGCACCUCUCACCAGCGUCCAACGCUCCCUAGUUGAGGUGCAAGGCUCCACAGCAGUACCUUCCCUGAGUGGCGUGUUGUCAUACAGUUACGCAUAAGGAUGGACUCCACACUCACCAAACCAACAAACAACGCAUUUCCGUCCCCGAAAGGCAAGAUGGUGACUGAGGGCAAGAUGAACACCAGCCUGGUAAUGGAAGACCGGCCAGAUGUCCUUCAUCAGCGCCUCGGACAGCUCAACCAGCUCAGGAAAAGCAGACAUUUCUGCGACGUCAUCCUCCAGGUUGGGAGCUCUGAAAUACAUGCUCAUCGCUCUGUUCUGGCUUGUGCAUCUGCAUAUUUCUUUGAGUUAUUCACUUCGGAUGACGAUCGCAAGACUGCACACGAAGGAAGGCUGAUGUAUAAACUGAGUAGUGGAUUUGAGAGAGACUCGGUGGAUAGGCUAAUAAACUAUGCCUACACUGGAUGCUUGGAGGUGCCUGACCCCCUCGUCAAGAGUGUUUUUAUUGCUGCCAAAAGGCUUAAGAUGGAGACUGUUGCUCAUGCCUGCGGUGAACAUCUAGUGGCCCAUUUGACUCCUGAAUCUUGCCUAGCAGUGCGAGCUAUUAGUGGUAUUGCUUCCAAUGAUGAGCUUGUCACUCGUGUUGAUGAAUAUAUCCAACAAGUGAGUGACCUAGUGCAGGUGACGAGAGAUGCUUUGGGUAUACCGAAGAUCCAGGUCACAGUUAUACAUAGGACCCACGAUGAAGCUGCCAUCACAGGUCGUGCCCUUUGUAUCCUUGUGCUGGAGUGGGUCAAGAAACAAAUGGUUGAGGAGGACUUUCAUUUGGAUUUGAUGAAGGAAAAGAAACAUAUGCUGUACCUGAACAUUGACAAUUCACUGCACGACUGUUCUGACAUCCAGUCAGGUGACCUCAAUGAUUCUGAUAUGGUUCAAGAUUACAAAAAGAUGUCCAGGAAACACUCCCAGACCAAUAUUAAGUUGCGAAGGAAGUCGACAACACCUCAGCCUGUGAAGCCUCGUCUGAUGCUAUACUCUCGUAGCAUCUCGGACAAGGAUGAUGCUGAGCAUGAUUCUGAUUGGAAAUUGAUAGCCUAUGCCCAAGUAUCUGAGAGUUCAUGGGUGGCUGUAGUGACACUAAAAGGAUCAGUUACUGUAAUGUCAGUACAACAGAGGAUGGGAAGUGCAUCACCUACUUCUACUCCAAUCUCAUCACGUCCUGCUUCAGUGGAGAAGGUUGACUAUUACACAGUUAUUCCUCAUAUGUCUUCUCCAAAGUGUGCUACAGGCACGGGGAAUUUCAAUGGUCGUCUUUUGGUCUGUGGAGGAUACGAUCGCGGUGAGUGCCUGCGAACGGUUGAAGAUUACUCCCCCGACAUUAAUGUCUGGACUGCACAGCCUCCUAUGCGUCAGGGUCGUGGCCGGUUCGAUUUGACGGUUCUAGAUGGAAAGGCAUAUGCUGUUGGUGGAUGUGAUGGUUCUAAGGAGCUCAGUACUGUAGAGGUUCUUGAGGGAAACUCCAAGAAAUGGAUUAGUGUGGCACCUCUACCCCUGGCUCGCUCUAACACUGGUGUGUGCAGUGUAGAUGGAAAGGUCUUCUGCAUAGGUGGAUGGAAUGGUCAGUAUGGCAUAAAGCAGUGCGAUAUGUACACACCAAGCACUGAUACUUGGCAAACCAUUGCAUCUCUCCAUGUUGGUCGGUACCAGGCAGGGGUGGCAUCAUAUAAGGGCAAGGUAUAUGCUAUUGGAGGCUGUGACUCAUGGAACUGCCUCAACUCUGUUGAGGUGUAUGAUUCUAAAGCUGAUAUUUGGAGAUUUGUGGCUCCUAUGACUACCCCACGACGAGGAUGUGGUGCUGAAGUUUUCAAAGGUAAGCUGUAUGUCAUGGGUGGUUCAGAUGGAACGCACAGCUUGUGCACAACAGAGAUAUACGACUUGGAGACCAAUAGCUGGAUGCCUGGGCCGUCGAUGACCACGUGCAGAGCCAAUGUUGGUGUAGCGGUUGUAAAUGGAAAACUGUAUGCCGUCGGGGGAUUUUCAGGUAAGAACUUCCUUAACAGCAUAGAGUACCUAGAUCCUGCUACAGAUGAGUGGACCAAUUUCACACCAAAGCCAGAGGUAAUCAAGAAUGGCAUGGAUAAUUACACCAAGAAAAGUGGCUAUAGACAUGAUGAUGAUAAUGGCCAGGCUGUUGAAAGUGAUGGUACACAAAGCAGUGAUCAUGAAGACACUAUUGACCUGGAAGCCGGAGCAAAUGGUCACUAUGUGACAGAGAAUGGUUGUAAUGGUCUUUCAAAUGGUGUAUAUCCAAUUUCUGCUAAUGGCCAUUGAACUCCUUCAAUGUACUACACUGUUACCCCAUAAUUUAAGAGAAUAUGGGGGUCUUCCCUCAGGUUAAAGAGCAUACUUAUAGGAUGAAUAUUGGGCUCAUAUAAGAAAAGGUAAAACCCCCUUUUUUAAAUCGGCUGUUUGCUCACCUAAACGAGAUUAUAUUGGUGUUUUUGUAUGUAAACAGCACAGCAUAAUGUUGCCCGAGAGAUCUGCAAGAAUAACUCGGCAUUUUCUUCAGUGUACCGUUUUUUCUUUGAGGCUUUUAUAUUUAAUUAACUUUUUUCUUUUUCUUUAUUCCAACUUUUGCUUCUUGCGCAAAACUUCCCUUUCUGGAAGUAGGUGCCUUCUUUCCUUCAGGUCAUGCUCGGCCAGCUUUGAUAAGGUACAGUAUGUCACCCUGAGAAAUGACCACUUCAAAACUGUUAGACCUGAUUUCUGAUCUUUAAUUUAUUUAUAGGCUUGGGUCAAGUCACUUGCUUACUAUGUUAAACCAUGUUAUAUUUUACUACUACAGUAUAUUGAUAUUAAAUUUUUAUGACUGGGAAAAUCUUGGUUGAACAUUAUGAAUUCCCAUAUCUUCUGCCUCAAAUGUAUUUUGUUCUAGCUAAUUUAAAGGGAAAAAAGGCUGCGUUAUGUUUUCAAUAUGGUUCAAGGGAUCAAUUUUACCAUAAGCUGUUUGCUUAUAAUUUUAGCCCAAGUCAAUACUGUACCCAAAAUUCCAAUACAUGCACCAAGUGCCAAAAUAGACUCGUGGGUGACUCGUUCAUCUGGAUUACUGGCAAUACUGACACUUUUCCAUAUUCUAGAAUAUCCAGAUUCUAGAAUCUGAAACGAUAUACUCUAGAAUAAUUCCUAAUGCUAUCUAAUUGUAAUACUGUACUGUAAUAUAUAUACGGCAUUGAUAUUUUGUUGGACUCUUUCUGGAAAGAAUCUUUGUUGGGGAUCUGUGAGAGAUGUUCCAUGCCCUCUCCUAAAUCCGUGGGUUUUCACCGUUUAGCAAAAGUGUAAGCGACACUUUUCAUGCAUAGUAAUGUGUAAAUAUAAAAGAUAUGAAUAUUAUAUGGAAAAAUUAAUUAGAAUGUUCAUCCACAGCUUUUCUCCAAUUUCUGUAGUUGAAAAUUUUUCUGUACAACAAACAAUUGCACUUUGAUCUAAAUAUUAAAUAAUAAAAUGUCAACGCAUCAGUUUUGUUAGUGUAACAUUUUCAACAUGCUGCAAUGUUACAGAAAUGUGUAUAGGGGGGGAAAAAAGUUAUUUUAUUAUUACAAUCUCUCAAGGCAUCAUUGUGUCACGUUAAGCAUGCCAGAGUAGAGAAUGAUGCAUAUCACACGGAAGCUUCAGAAAAUUUCCUUGCAUUUACUGGUCAGAUCCUUUUCCGUCCAACUAUUCCUGCUGUACUUAUUGAAGUGUCUUAAGUAUCAUCUUGCUGUCUCCAAGUGCGAGUUGCUCAUUGAUGAAAUUUUAGCACGUACAGUUUGGUGAUAGUACAUGUAGAGAUAAUGUGUAGCAUUAUCAGAGAGAGAAUAUAUAUAAAUAUAUAUAUAUAUAUAUCUAUCUCUUUAUAAUGUGCAAAAUUGUAAAUGUACGUAUACAGUAUGUACGAUCACAAUUAAAAAUACUGUAGUGUGAUAUUAUGAACACUAUUGCAUGUUCUAUAUUAAUAUAUUUUAAUAUCACACUACUAUAAAUAAGACAUUACAUAGGUAGGGUUUUGUUAUUCUUCAUGCAUUUGCAAACCUUAAUUUUUCUUGCAUUUGUUUAAUAUGACAUUGAGGAGGCCUAAACAUUAGUCAUAAUUUGUUAUAGUGCUACUAGGGUGUUAUAAAUGCUUUAUUUAUUUUUCAUAAUUUCUCUAUAAAAAUUGUCACAGAGUUCCGCUCAUUAUACCUCAAAGAGAGCGGGUAAUAUAUUAUUGUGACAGUCGUAUCAUAAAGAUAUUAAGAGCUAAGGUACAUUGUAUAAAAAAAAAAUUAGUAUUAAGUUUUUGAACACGAGUUUACUUUAAUAAUUGUAAUGUUAAGUUUAAUAUUGUCUAGUUGCCUUUAAUUAUACUACUCAUUAGGGGUUCAUAGACACGAGUGGGUAGGGGGGGUGGUUGGGGUGUUUAAAGAAAACACAACAGUUUACCUAAUCCACUGACUGCUCCAACUGGUGAAAAAUAUGGGGUCUGGUACAUCAUAUAAUCUUGAAUCAUCACAACUAUUUUUUUUCUUGGGGGGGGUGGGAUGGGGAAGGGAAGGAGACAUUAAUUCUUAAGCAUGAAUAAUAAUCAUAGGUGAUCCCAUUAUCACAUUGCAUAUGUCCAAGAUGUACUUGUAGUUAGUGCAGUAUCCUGUUUUUAUCAUUCACAUUCACAGUACUACUACCAAUGCCUGAUAGAAGAUAGAUCGUCACUGUCAAAUAUAAAUGAAUGUCAUCAUGAGCAAAUGUAAUAUAUUUGAGGAAGAUUAUACAUGGCGGUUUUCCAGUACUGCAUACUGUCUGAUGUUGAACCUGAACCUUGAUGCUUUAAUCUAGACAUUUGCUCAAGUAAUAAUUUAAGUGUAUAAAUUGAUACAGUAUCUGCAUACAGAAUGGUUUAAGGGACCUAGUACUGUACUGAAAUGGGACUUGUCAACCCCACUGUAAAGUACAGAAUUUGCCAUCUCUAUUUUAUAAUGCAAUGAACAUUUUUUAAAUUUGAUAUAAAAUUAAUUUCUCAAGAUUAAUGCAUUUGAAAUAUAUACACAAGUGAACGUAAACAUAAAUUCUAGCCGAUUUAAUUAUACGAGAGUAACUUUUUCUGAAGACAAAAUUUUAAUUUUGUGCAACUUUAAACCACAUGCCUAAACUGCAUUAAUGCAGCAGACUUUAAUAUUACUAAAAUUAAUUUCCAGUUACAGUGCUGGACAUGCAUUUUUUUAUUAUGUAAACUUUGCAAACUAUCUUAUGGCAAUGUGAGUUUGAAAGGAAUGAAUGUAUAAUUGGGCAUACAAAGGAGCUAGUGAAAUGUCUAGGUGAAAAAGUUUUGAUCAUAUAUUUAUUAGGAACACUGUUCUCUUUCGUGAUCUUGUGCUCGAAUCUAUGAAAAUCACGUUUCGUCUUUAGAUCACCAGAUACCUUGCAAUAUUUUGAUAGUUUCUCAAUUUUAAAAGCACAUGCACUGCAGUUGUAAUGCUAUCAAUUUUUGUAGAGUACAGAGCAGCAGCGCAAGUCAUCCUGACAUACAUGAAUAUGAAUACUUUCGUAUUUAAAUAAAGAUCUUGUCUUCAUGACUAGGAUUUAAAUAUACCUCACUUUUUAUAUGUUAACAUCUCAUGGCAAAGAAAAUGUUGGAACUUAGACGUUAGAUUUGUCAUGUCAUCUCCAGUCUUGUAAGAUGAUGCAUGUGAGAUUAGCAAUUGCUGUGAUAAAAUGGAUUUAAAGAUUUUCUAAACACAAUUUUAAGUGAUGCUGCAAUUAUUUAUAAAGUUAUUUAUAAACAAUUUCUCAUUGUGAUUGUGCUGGAUAGUUGUUCCAAACCAGAAUAAUGAAUUUGUAUAAAUUUAUUUUCUCAAAUGUACCACAGGAUGUAACUGUGGAAUUUUUUUUUCUCUAAUUUGUAUAAUAUGAACAAAUGUUUAGUAAUACGCCUGUGUUGUAGUCGGGCAAAUAAAUGUUGGUUGUUGCACCAAAGCAUGAUGCCAAUAUUUAAAAUUUGGGAUUUGCUGGUCACCCAAAACAAUAUAUUUUGUACUAUAUAAAAACCACGGUUCUUUGUCAGGUCUGGUGGUUUGCCCUUAUUCUACUGAUUGUCAACCACAUUGUACAUUUAACUGAAACAGUACCUAUAUAUGACAAUGG